GACUCAGCUAAACUCAACUCGAACAAAACACAAAGCGCACGAAAUGAGUUUUGCACGCAGCAUCCGCAGCGCCCGCUCGAUGGGUCGCAUGCUGCAAACGACGAGAAGCGUCGUCCCUGGAUUCCGCACUGUUACAACUGCUGCCGCUACGACGUCGGGAGACGCCGCUGCAGUUCCUGAAGACGGUGACAAGCCUUUUACGGUUCGUGUUCAUGACGAUGCUUACGAAGCUUACAAGAUGGACGUCCCCUCGUUGGACCUGGAAGUGACGAAGAACGAGCUUCUGAAGAUGUACCAGGACAUGGUUGCAGUUCGUCGUUUGGAGCUGGCCGCUGACGGUUUGUACAAGGCCAAGAAGAUUCGUGGUUUCUGCCACUUGUCUGUUGGUCAAGAAGCCGUUGCCGUUGGUAUGGAAAACGCCAUUGAGCCUGAAGACAAGAUCAUCACUUCUUACCGUUGCCACGGUCUCGCCUACAUGCGCGGUGUCGCUGUGCGUGCUAUUAUCGGCGAGCUUUUGGGUCGUGAAGUUGGUGUCUCUAAGGGUAAGGGUGGUUCCAUGCAUAUGUUUGGUCCCAACUUCUACGGUGGUAACGGUAUCGUCGGUGCUCAAGUGCCUUUGGGUGCUGGUUUGGCUUUUGCCCAAAAGUACAUGAACAAGCCUAACGUUACGUUUGCCAUGUAUGGUGAUGGUGCUGCCAACCAAGGUCAAGUGUUUGAGGCAUUCAACAUGGCCAAGCUUUGGGGCAUCCCUGCCAUCUUCACCUGUGAGAACAACAAGUACGGUAUGGGUACCAGUGCCGAGCGUUCCUCUGCCAUGACCGAGUACUACAAGCGUGGUCAGUAUAUCCCUGGUCUUCGCGUCAACGGUAUGGACGUUUUGGCCGUUAAGCGCGCCUGCAAGUAUCUUAAGGACUUUGCUCUCAAGAACCAAACUCCCUUGGUUGUUGAGUUCGUUACAUACCGUUACGGUGGUCACUCCAUGUCCGACCCCGGUACUACUUACCGUACCCGUGAGGAGAUCCAAAAGGUCCGUGCUACCAAGGAUCCUAUCGAGGGUCUCAAGCGCCAAAUCAUGGAAUGGGGUGUCGCUAACGCUAACGAACUGAAGAGUUUGGAAAAGAAGGUCCGUGCCUUCGUCGAUGAUGAAGUCGCUGCCGCUGAGGCUAGUCCCUUCCCCGAGGCUACUCGUGCCAACCUCUUUGCUGACAUCUACGCCAAGGGCACUGAGCCCAAGUAUUUCCGCGCUCGCACUGAGCUUGAGUAAGUUGCAAUAAUGUGUGAAUGAGUAAUUUUGAGUAGACUACUUCAAGGAGGGGGUGUGUGAGGAGUACUAGUGAAGAGCGGGCGGCCUUUUGAUGGAGCGAAAGAGGUGAGUAUAGCUACAACGUUAAAGAACACGUUAUAUAUGUUUCAUGCAUCA